GAGAUCUCUCGUAAACUUACAGAACCGGAAGCGGCCUGUAGUUCUCUUCCCCCCGUUUUCGGCCAUCGCUGAAGCAGCAGCGGCCAAAAUGAAGUUCAAUCCCUUUGUCACUUCUGACCGAAGCAAGAACCGGAAAAGGCAUUUCAAUGCACCUUCCCACAUUCGCAGGAAGAUUAUGUCUUCCCCUCUUUCCAAAGAGCUGAGACAAAAGUACAAUGUGCGGUCUAUGCCCAUCCGGAAGGAUGAUGAGGUGCAGGUUGUACGAGGACACUAUAAAGGCCAGCAGAUUGGCAAAGUGGUCCAGGUUUACAGGAAGAAGUAUGUCAUCUACAUUGAACGGGUACAGCGGGAAAAGGCCAAUGGCACCACUGUCCACGUGGGCAUUCACCCCAGCAAGGUGGUAAUCACCAGGCUGAAACUGGACAAAGACCGCAAAAAGAUCCUGGAACGGAAAGCCAAAUCCCGCCAAGUAGGAAAGGAAAAGGGCAAAUACAAGGAAGAAACAAUUGAGAAGAUGCAGGAGUAAAAUAAUCUAAUAUACAACUUUUGAUCUAAAAAAAAAACUUCUUAAAUGAAUAUCGUUUGUUGUAUACAUGGUGUUUUGGGAUGUUGGUGCUUUUUCAGUGGCUUAACUGUCAUUGGAUCUGGAAAAGGAAGUUGGCAUAUAUUUUGAGGCAGGCCGCCCUUUAGUGUAGUGCCCUCCAGUACCUUGAUUCUAGAAACAAACGGUUGAAAGUCAAAUGGUCAUCUACAUUUGACCAUCAGUUUACAUGG